CGCGCGGCGGACAGCCCCUGCGUGCCGUGAGGACCCGGAGCAGAGCGCGGGCUGGGAGCUGCCGGCCGGGAGGCAUGAGGGAAAUGGAGGCGCGGACCUGAGCGAAUAUCAGCGGCAUCCGACACCACACAGCGGUCCUGCUCAACACUAGAAGUCGUACGGUGCUGUUUUUUAUACUUGGUAACAGACUUGUGCAAUCAUGUUUUUGUAUAACCUGACCCUUCAGAGGGCAACUGGCAUAUCCCAUGCCAUCCAUGGAAACUUUUCAGGAACCAAAAUGCAGGAGAUUGUUGUUUCCCGGGGGAAGAUCCUCGAAUUACUCCGUCCAGAUGCAAACACAGGGAAAGUACAUACUCUGCUUACAGUGGAAGUUUUUGGGAUAAUUCGUUCUUUAAUGGCCUUCAGGCUAACGGGAGGUACUAAAGAUUACAUUGUAGUGGGCAGUGAUUCGGGCAGAAUUGUUAUCCUGGAGUACCAACCAUCCAAGAAUAUCUUUGACAAAGUUCACCAGGAAACCUUUGGCAAGAGUGGUUGUCGGCGUAUCGUACCUGGCCAGUACCUGGCAGUGGACCCCAAAGGUCGUGCUGUCAUGAUAGGUGCCAUUGAGAAACAGAAGCUGGUGUACAUUCUGAACAGAGAUGCUGCUGCCCGGCUGACCAUCUCCUCGCCCCUUGAAGCACACAAGGCAAACACACUCGUGUACCAUGUGGUGGGUGUGGAUGUGGGCUUUGAAAACCCUAUGUUUGCCUGCCUUGAGAUGGACUAUGAGGAGGCAGAUAGCGACCCCACAGGUGAGGCAGCAGCUAACACGCAGCAGACCUUGACGUUCUAUGAGUUAGACUUGGGCCUGAACCACGUAGUGAGGAAGUACAGUGAACCUCUGGAGGAGCACGGCAACUUUCUGAUUACAGUUCCAGGGGGCUCUGAUGGCCCGAGCGGUGUGCUCAUCUGCUCUGAAAACUACAUCACGUAUAAGAACUUUGGUGAUCAACCUGAUAUUCGAUGUCCCAUCCCAAGGAGACGGAAUGACCUGGACGAUCCCGAACGAGGAAUGAUCUUUGUCUGCUCGGCGACACAUAAAACCAAGUCCAUGUUCUUCUUCUUGGCACAGACUGAACAGGGCGACAUCUUUAAAAUCACCCUGGAAACAGACGAGGAUAUGGUAACUGAGAUCAGACUGAAGUAUUUUGAUACAGUUCCUGUAUCUACCGCGAUGUGCGUGUUGAAGACUGGAUUCCUGUUUGUAGCUUCUGAAUUUGGCAAUCACUACCUUUAUCAGAUUGCACAUCUGGGAGAUGAUGAUGAUGAGCCUGAGUUCUCCUCAGCUAUGCCUCUGGAGGAGGGGGACACCUUUUUCUUCCAGCCACGACCUCUCAAAAACCUGGUACUAGUUGAUGAGCUGGACAGCCUUUCACCUAUUCUGACUUGCCAGAUUGCUGACUUGGCCAAUGAAGACACACCCCAGUUGUACGUGGCCUGUGGUCGGGGCCCACGGUCAUCCCUGAGAGUCUUGAGACAUGGUCUUGAGGUUUCCGAAAUGGCCGUCUCUGAGCUUCCUGGUAACCCUAAUGCAGUAUGGACUGUAAGAAGACAUGUGGAAGAUGAGUACGAUGCAUACAUCAUUGUAUCUUUCGUGAAUGCCACACUGGUACUGUCUAUCGGUGAGACUGUAGAGGAAGUGACAGACUCUGGAUUUCUGGGUACCACACCCACACUCUCCUGUUCCUUGCUUGGUGAAGAUGCACUGGUGCAGGUGUACCCGGAUGGUAUCCGUCACAUCCGUGCAGACAAGAGAGUGAAUGAGUGGAAAACCCCGGGUAAAAAGACCAUUGUGAAAUGUGCAGUGAACCAGCGUCAGGUUGUGAUUGCUCUGACAGGUGGGGAGCUGGUCUACUUUGAGAUGGACCCGUCUGGCCAGCUGAACGAGUACACUGAGCGGAAGGAGAUGUCAGCAGAUGUGGUGUGCAUGAGUUUAGCAAACGUACCUCCAGGAGAGCAGCGCUCUCGGUUUCUGGCUGUGGGUCUUGUAGACAACACCGUCAGGAUUAUUUCUCUUGACCCUUCGGACUGUCUGCAACCCCUGAGUAUGCAGGCUCUUCCAGCACAGCCAGAGUCGCUCUGUAUAGUUGAGAUGGGUGGUGCAGAAAAACAGGACGAGCUGGGAGAGAAGGGCUCCAUUGGCUUCUUGUACUUAAAUAUAGGUUUACAGAACGGUGUGUUACUGAGGACUGUGCUGGAUCCAGUGACUGGCGAUCUGUCUGACACCAGAACCAGAUAUUUGGGGUCUCGACCGGUCAAGCUCUUCAGGGUCAGGAUGCAGGGUCAGGAAGCGGUGUUGGCUAUGUCCAGCCGCUCAUGGCUCAGUUACUCGUAUCAAUCUCGUUUCCAUCUGACACCACUGUCCUAUGAAACUCUGGAGUAUGCAUCGGGUUUUGCUUCAGAGCAGUGUCCAGAGGGUAUUGUGGCCAUCUCCACCAACACCUUGAGAAUCUUGGCUCUUGAGAAGUUGGGAGCAGUCUUCAACCAGGUUUCCUUCCCUCUGCAGUUCACUCCCAGAAAGUUUGUCAUUCACCCAGAGAGCAACAAUAUCAUUGUUAUUGAGACUGACCACAAUGCUUACACAGAGGCCACCAAAGCCCAACGCAAACAGCAAAUGGCUGAGGAAAUGGUGGAAGCAGCUGGAGAGGAUGAGCGAGAGCUUGCAGCAGAGAUGGCUGCGGCCUUUUUGAAUGAGAAUCUGCCUGAAUCUAUUUUUGGAGCCCCCAAGGCAGGAAGUGGUCAGUGGGCAUCUGUGGUCCGAGUAAUGAACCCCAUCCAGGGUAACGUGUAUGAUCAAAUCCAGUUGGAACAGAAUGAAGCAGCCUUUAGUGUUGCUGUCUGUAAGUUUGCAAACGGAAGUGAUGAUUGGUAUGUGCUGGUUGGAGUUGGCAAAGACUUGAUCCUCAAUCCCCGCUCGGUUGGCGGUGGAUACAUUUAUACCUACAAACUCAUCAACAGCGGGGAGAAGCUGGAAUUUGUACACAAGACCUCCAUUGAGGAGGUUCCCACAGCCAUUGCACCUUUCCAGGGCCGAGUUCUGGUGGGCUUGGGUAAACUUCUGCGCAUCUACGAUCUAGGAAAGAAGAAGCUUCUAAGAAAAUGUGAAAAUAAGCACAUUCCAAAUUACAUUGUGGCUAUUCACACCAUUGGGCACCGAGUGGUUGUCUCAGACGUACAAGAAAGCUUCUUCUGGAUCCGUUACAAACGGAACGAGAACCAGCUGAUCAUCUUUGCCGAUGACACGCUGCCGCGCUGGAUCACCACAGCCAGCCUGCUGGAUUACGAGACCAUGGCCGGCGCCGAUAAAUUUGGAAACAUCAGCGUGGUGAGGUUGCCACCAAACACCAGUGAUGAUGUUGAUGAGGAUCCUACAGGGAACAAAGCCUUGUGGGACAGAGGUCUGCUUAAUGGAGCUUCACAAAAGGCCGAGGUCAUUGUUAAUUACCAUGUGGGUGAGUCGGUGCUCUCACUGCAGAAGACGACACUAAUCCCUGGUGGCUCUGAAUCUCUGGUGUAUACAACACUGUCCGGGGGCAUCGGGAUCCUGGUCCCAUUCACAUCACACGAGGACCACGACUUCUUCCAACAUCUGGAGAUGCACAUGAGAUCAGAGCAUCCUCCUCUCUGCGGUCGAGACCACCUUAGUUUCCGCUGCUACUACUUCCCCGUCAAGAAUGUAAUUGACGGCGAUCUUUGUGAACAGUUCAACUCCAUGGAUCCCAUCAAACAGAAGAGUGUGGCGGAGGAGCUGGACAGAACCCCAGCUGAGGUGUCCAAAAAACUGGAAGAUAUCCGAACACGCUAUGCAUUCUAAUCACCAUCCGCUGCCCAGCGCGCUCACCUCAAUUUGAUGGUUGUCUGCGUUUAAUCGGUUUAAGUCACAGAGUGUCCAGUCAGAGAGACCCGUGAUCCAUCAUUCACUCAACCAGUUAUUUUCAUGGUUGAAAAGGACUGGAAUGUCUCUUGUAAAUAUAGUUUUGUACAUUGAACUGUUUAAAAGCUUUUGUGGGGUGGGUGGGUGGGGGGAGAGACAGUUUUGCCACACGCUUUGGGGGACAUGAAGUGUGAAUAUCUACCUGUCAUUUUUUUAAACAGUUGCUUUUCCAGUUGAAUAGAGCAAAAUAAUAAAAGUCCUUGUUUUAUUAAAA